UUAGCUCUUUUAGAUGAUAAUUUUGGGGACAUUCCACAGCCAGCACAGUCGGGUUUAUCUCAUGCGGACUAAAUGGAUUUAUAUGCAUUGAAUCCUCAUCUCCGAUCCUAUUUCCACCAGCACUGAAAAAUAAUGGAUUUAUAUGCAUUUUUGGGACUUGUUUUUGCUAUUAUAUGUAUCUGUUUGACUCUAAAUAGUGUUAAAGGGAGCGAGAAUAACAAAGGCAGGCAGCCACCGGAGCCAGGGUGGGCAUGGCCUUUAAUCGGUCAUCUUCAUCUUCUAGGAUCGACCCAGCUGCUGCAUCAAACAUUUGGAGCCAUGGCUGAUAAGUAUGGUCCAGUCUUCUUAAUCCGCCUGGGAAUUCAUCAGGCUCUGGUGAUUAGCAGCUGGGAAGCUGCAAAAGAAUGCUUCACUGUAAAUGACAAAAUUUUCCCUACCCGUCCAAGGUCUUUUGCUGUAAAACUAAUGGGAUAUGACCAUGCCAUGUUUGGCUUUGCCCCUUACGGACCCUAUUGGCGCGAGAUUAGGAAGCUAGUCACGGUCGAGAUUCUCUCGAAUCGCCGCCUAGAGCUACUCAAGCAUGUCCGUGACGAAGAAAUCAAUGUGUUCGUACAAGGGUUAUACAAAGCAUGUGUCAAAAAUGGAGGCCUUGUUGCUGUAGAGCUGAAGGAAAGGUUCGGGGACUUAGCCAUGAAUAUCAUAGUGAGACUGAUAGCCGGUAAGCGAUAUUUUGGAGACGAUGUAAGUGGAGAUGAUACGGAAUCACGGCGGUGCCAAAAGGCCUUGGGCGAUUUCUUCUACUUUGUGGGAUUAUUUUUGGCCUCAGAUGCAGCUCCAUGUCUUGGUUGUAUAGAUUAUGUGAAGGGAUAUGUAGGUCAAAUGAAGAAGACUGCAAGGGAAUUAGAUUGUGUGUUUGAGAGUUGGGUGCAAGAGCAUCGGCAAAAAAGGAUCAACGGAAACAGCAAUAACGAGGAGCAUGAUUUCAUAGAUAUAAUGCUAUCUAUCAUGGAUGAAGGCAAGUUUUCAGCUCAAGAUGAUCCACAUACUGUCAUCAAGGCAACUUGCUUGAGCCUUAUUUUAGGUGGCAAUGACACCACAGUGGUUACACUUACAUGGGUAAUAUCUCUGCUAUUGAACAAUCGCCAUGCUCUAAAGAAAGCGCAAGAUGAGCUCAACAUUCAUGUCGGAAAGCACAGGCAAGUGGAGGAGUCAGAUAUAAAGAACCUGAUAUACUUACAAGCCAUUGUGAAGGAAACACUGAGACUAUAUCCUCCGCUGCCACUUUCAGCACCACGCGAGGCCAUGGAGGAUUGCACAAUCUCUAACUUCGACAUCCCAGCAGGCACUCGCCUCUUUGUUAACCUGUGGAAGUUGCAGCGAGACCCCAGCGUUUGGGCAAGCCCUUCAGAAUUCAAGCCUGAGAGGUUCCUGAAAGAACAUGACAAAUUGGAUUUCAGUGGGCAGGAUUUUGAAUACAUCCCAUUUGGCUCUGGUAGGAGGAAGUGCCCAGGGAUCUCUUUUGCUUUUCAAGUUCUGCAUUUGACGCUGGCAAGGCUGCUUCAUGCAUUUGAAUUGGGGACAGUCUCGGAUACAGCGGUGGAUAUGAGUGAAUGUCGUGGUUUGACUGUCCCCAAAGCAACGCCAUUGGAGGUUACCUUAACCCCAAGGUUAGAAGAUUCCUUGUGCUAUUUGAGUGUUAAAAUGCCAGAAGAGUAAACAUGUACAACCUCUUCUGCAUUGUGCUCAUUGAUAUAUCAAACAUGUAAACUAUCUGCUGGAUCAUAUUUAGCAAACAUGUAAAAGCAUGCUCAAAAAUACUGUGUAGAAGUUUAAUAAUUAUUAUGUAGUACUUGUAAACUGAGUCUAGAAGUUAUAUCACGAUAUGUGAAACUGAGACUUCUAUUCAGCGAACUUCUGCACCUGGAAAUUCUUGCCAAAACCACUGUUAAACUUUCCCGUAUAAACCCCACAGUCUCUCCUCAA